CGGUUAUGUCAGUUCCCGUUGAACCGCGACUUCGCAAUGCCUUGAACUUGAGAGUCGCUUCAUUAUUGGAACCAUGAGAGCAUAUGUUGUGAAUGAGUGGGUCCAUCCGUCCGAGCUCAAACUUUUCGACGAUGCGCCGGAGCCAGAAGCCACAGGGGACGAAAUACUCGUGGAUGUGUACUCAUCAGCUCUGAAUUUCUUCGAUAUAUUACAAGCUCAAGGGAAAUACCAAAUCAAACCUCCAUUCCCUUUCACACUUGGUGCGGAGUUCGCUGGCAAAGUUGCCAAAGGCUCUCCGAUCCCAAAAUAUUGUCCCUAUAAGCCGGGUGACAGAGUCUUUGGCAGUGCACAGGGAUGUUUUGCGGAUCGAGUGGCUGUCGAGUGGCAGUCUGUGAAUCCACUUCCGGACAACCUGACUUUUGAUCAGGGUGCAGGACUAUACAUUACAUGGCCGACCAGCUACGAGGCUCUGGUUGGUCGUGCAGAGCUCAAGCCAGGUGAAUCUGUCCUCAUCAAUGCAGCUGCCGGCGGUGUGGGUAUUGCUGCUGUUCAAUUGGCCAAAGCAUUGGGUGCUACGGUCAUUGCAGCAGCUGGGUCACAGUUUAAACUUGACAUUUGUAAGACAUACGGGGGAGCUGACUAUACGGUGAACUACACUGCAAAGGACUGGCAGCAAGAAGUCUUGAGGAUAACGGGUGGUAAAGGCGUAGAUGUUGUCUAUGAUCCAGUCGGGAGAAUCGCCGAAUCGCUGAAAUGCAUCGCCUUCAAAGGGAGGGCCCUCGUAAUCGGUUUCGCCGCGGGCCAGAUUGAGAAGCUUCCGCUAAACCUAGUACUGCUGAAGAAUAUUACUGUCAUGGGCCUCCACUGGGGCUUGUAUACCAACAAGGAACCGUCUCGCAUCCCAAUAGUAUGGAAGGAACUAUUAGAACUAUUCGCAUCUGGUCGCGUUAAACCCAUAAUAUACGACAAGAUCUUCUCCCUGGACGAGGUCACAGUUGGGCUGGAUGCGCUGGAGAGACGGCAGACAUGGGGGAAGGCUAUUGUACGCAUUAAGGACGAGAAGCAGAGUGUCGUAGCAAAGCUUUAAGUAUGCUGGCAAUCCAUUCAACGUUGUUGCUUCCACCAAGCGGUUGG